AUGACUGAACGGAAACCCACUCCUGGCGGAAUCCACAAGAUACAAAGGGCCAAGCCAACACAGCGAGAUGUGGAUCGAGCGACCUACUGCGUGGAUGCAAUCAAUGACAAGCUUGAAAGCAGAUCAGACACUGAGCAGCCCGGGCCUGUAGAUGAUCCACCAACCACAGAGUCACCACCCAUUGAGCCCAUAGUGGCGGCUUCAUUUGUGGAGCUGACACGGCCAGAAACAAGGGAGGAGGGUGCAGAUAUUCGAUUUGACGUGGCCACCGAGGAUGUCAAACUCGACCAAAGCAACGGCCGGACAGGUUGA